GGUGGAGAUGAGGCAAUGAGUGGCAUCAUUUGGAUCUAGCAUCAAAACAGGAUGGGGAAGCUGCUCCUGGUCGGGUCGUGGAGUGAGUGAUACUCUGAUUCACUCAAGCUCAAAGCUAUUUAGUGAACAGGAAACAACAACACAGGUGGAGGAUCGACUACAACAGAGAAAUUCUGGAAGCUCGGCUCGAGGAAAGCUUUUUUUUUUUCGCUUUGCUUUCACUACUACUUUUUUUCGUUCUUUUCCAAUCAUCUUCGAGCAGCUGGGAACCAACGUGAGUUGUUCCGCAUCCCAGCAGGACAAGGUUCCUAUGCGGAGAAACGUCUAAUCAGCACUCGAUAGAGAAACAGUAAACGUCACAGGUGGUUUAUACAGCUGCUAAGCGAUUGUUUAAUCACGAUGCUUUGAAAGUGUGGGGCAGAAUGAUCGACCACGAUGAAGAAUAAUGUAUUGAAAGCCCUGGGAGCAGCAGCAGUGUGAGCAGCAACAGCGCAGCAAGCAGCAGGCAAAUCUUCGUCGUUCUUGCGGUUCCAGAGGAUCAAAGAGGAAGAACACACAAGAAAGAUAAAAGCGAGAGUACCGAGUGCCAGCUGCGUAACAGAGAGGAUCACACACUCUCUCUAUUGGAGAGCAUUCAAUCUGGGCCGUUAAAAACGGAUGUGCGAAACCGACGGCGAUGCGCCACGCGAGACAGUGUCCGUCGGAUGUGAGCUGGAAGGGCCUCGGCUUAUGGGGUGUCGCCACGUCAUGCGGCCAUGGGCCAUGCACGGCAUUAUGCCCAUGCGCCGCCGCCACGCAUUAAAUGAGGAUAGCCCGCAGGAAUCGAACCGGACGAAGUAAACGGGGAUUAGGGUUAGGGUUUAAGAAAGCUCUUUGUUUGCAUUAGCGUGGAGGAGGAGGAAGAAGGUUUGGCUGCUGGUCUUUGGCUUGAUCCAGGCGGCCAGGACGCGAUCCCACGUCGUCGGCAGCUCCUACAUUCUACGAUCGCGCGCUGUCUGGUCGGUUUCUCCUUCCUUUUCAGCUGAAAUUUUCUCGUUUUCUUGCCGCUUGUGGUUUGCCUGCGUUGCUCGGUGCUUUUGUGUGCGUGAAGAAAUUCUUUAUCAUUUGUUGGGUCGUGGAGGAGCAACAAACAGUGGCGAUCGUACCUUGUGCUGUGUAAAAUAUGGUUUUUUUCUCGCUCUUCUACCCUGGAGGUUUGCUACUUAGGCCUAGUUGUGAACAGCAGGGUGUGUGUGUGUGAGGAUUUGUGAAGACGAAGAGAGUGGUUUUUUUUCUUUUUUUGGCUUUGUGUUUUGUUUGGUGCUUCGUUCAACACAAAGAGGACGGACUGGCCACGUCGUCCCCGAUUGCUUGCUUGUCUCAGCAUUGAUCGCAUCCAAUUCUUCUCGGUCUAAGUUCUUACGAGGCUCUUUCCCUUCCAGCUUCAUUCUCGCUGUCGGUCGGCAAACGCAGUAGCAGCGCACCGGGCUUUGCUCCCUACGGUCUUCCCUUUUGUUUUUUCGGGCGCCGGAACGCUGCUGCGGUGGUGUGCUGUGAGAGCUUGUUUGCGGCCAAGACAAGCCUGUUGCUAGGCGCUUCUCCGGCUCCGGUUGGUUGGUCUUUUCGAGGACAGGCGGGAUGUGUGGGAGGGCGGAUAAGAACACGGGGCGUAGAGUGUGGCGGCUACUGUUGGUAUCGUGCUCCUCCAGCGCCGCCUCUGCUUAUAUCACUAGCUUCCCGAGAGCAUGAUCGUCGGUGACAGCUCCUGGGGAUAGUUUUGGGACAGGCUAGCAGGAAAGCAGGAAGAAAAGAGGGAUUUUUUCGGCUCGCAAUCGCUCGCCAGAGCAGCCAAGGUACUCGGGCCUAAUUCUUUAGCUUGGUCGAUCGGCAGCCAGCAGUCGCAGCAGGAGCAAAAGCAGCAGAGAAGCAGGGAUGUUGUCCAAGUCUUAUUCCAAUCUUCUGGAGCUCGCAGCUGGCGAUCUGCCUCCGUUUGUUCGGGGCAGGAUGCCACGCGUGAUGACAGUGGCAGGAUUUCCCGCAGAGCUCCAGCAGCACGAGGAUGACAACAACGGCAACAGCGGGAGCAGCUUGAUACCCGACUGGAACUCGUGCACGGCGCAGGACCGGACGAUCAUCGUCGCCAACAUGCUCCCGUUGAACGCGGAGAGGAAUCCCAGCAGCCUGUGCUGGGACUUUAGCUGGGACGAGGAGUCCCUCCUCCUCAGGCUCAAGGAUGGCCUCCCUGAGGACAUGGAGGUUCUUUACAUCGGCUGUCUGAAUGUCGAGGUGGAGGCUCAAGAACAGGACGAAGUGGCUGCCAGCCUCCUUGAUCGUUUCAACUGCGUCCCGGCAUUUCUACCGAGCCAUCUCCGUUCCAGGUUCUACCAUGGUUUUUGCAAGCAGCACCUGUGGCCGCUCUUCCACUACAUGCUCCCUCUCAGCCCGGACAACGGCGGCCGCUUUGAUCGCUCGCUCUGGCAGGCUUAUCUUUCCGUGAACAAGAUCUUUGCGGACAAGGUCAUGGAAGUGAUAUGCCCGGACGACGACUACGUUUGGAUCCACGACUACCACCUCAUGGUGCUGCCUACGUUCCUCCGCAAGCGCUUCAACAGGAUAAAGAUGGGAUUUUUCCUGCACAGCCCGUUCCCAUCCUCGGAGAUAUACCGCACUCUACCUGUCCGGGACGAGAUACUCAAGGCCUUGCUCAACUCCGACCUGAUAGGAUUCCACACUUUCGACUACGCGAGGCACUUUCUCUCGUGCUGUAGCCGGAUGCUGGGGCUCGAGUAUGAAUCCAAGCGGGGGUACAUUGGUCUCGACUACUACGGGCGGAGAGUCGGGGUGAAGAUCAUGCCUGUUGGGAUCCACAAGGGACAGAUAGAAGCCGGCUUGCAAAUGGAGAGUGCAGUUUCCCGGCUGGCGGAGCUACGGGCUCAACACGAGGGGAAGAUCGUGCUGCUAGGUGUGGACGACAUGGACAUCUUCAAGGGGAUAGGCCUCAAGUUUCUAGCCAUGGAGGAGCUGCUGAGGCUGCAUCCGGAGCUGCGAGGCAAGGCAGUGCUGAUACAGAUAGCAAAUCCGGCACGGGGCAGAGGUAAAGACGUCGUGGAAAUUCAGCAGGAGGCGUAUGCUGUGGCCAGGCGGGUGAACGACACGUUUGGAUGGGAAGGAUACCAACCUAUCGUGCUGCUCGAGAGGCACGUCCCCUUCCACGAGCGAACAGCUUACUACGCCAUCUCCGAGUGCUGCGUCGUCACAGCCGUCAGGGACGGUAUGAACUUGAUACCGUAUGAGUACAUUCUUUGUAGAGAAGGCAUUCGUGACGAGCAGCAGCAGCAGCAGCAACAGGCUAGUGGUCAGCGAUCUUUAAAGAGGAGCAUGCUCGUGGUGUCGGAGUUUAUAGGCUGCUCGCCGUCACUCAGCGGGGCCAUACGAGUGAACCCGUGGAACAUAGAGGCGCUGGCAGAGGCUCUCAACGCGGCUAUCUCCAUGCCGGAGGCGGAGAAGUGUGCAAGGCACGAAAAGCACUACAAGUACGUGAGCUCGCACGACGUCGGGUAUUGGGCUCAGAGCUUUGUGACGGACCUGGAGAGAACUUGCCAGGAUCAUGCCAGGAGGUUGUGCUACGGGAUUGGAUUCGGGUUGGGAUUCAGGGUGGUGGCAUUGGAUCCAAACUUUAGGAAGCUUUCCGCGGAGCAUAUAGCGUCGGUUUACAGGAGGUGCGGUAGCAGAGCUAUACUUCUCGACUACGACGGCACAAUGGUGCCCCAGUCCUCGGUGAACAGGACGCCUAGCGAAGAAGUCGUAGCAAUUUUGAACACGCUGUGCAAUGACCCCAGGAACGUGGUGUUCGUCGUAAGCGGUCGGGAGAGGAAGACUUUGAGCGAUUGGUUUGAACCGUGUGACAAGUUGGGACUUGCGGCAGAGCACGGGUUUUACUACAGGUGGUGCAGGGACAAGGAAUGGAUAAUGAGCGUGUCGGCGACGGAGUUUGAGUGGAAGCAGAUUGUGCUGCCUAUAAUGCGGCAGUACAAGGAGAGCACCGAUGGUUCUUUCAUCGAAGCCAAAGAGAGUGCUGCAGUUUGGCACCAUGAAGAUGCCGAUCCCGACUUUGGUUCGUGGCAAGCCAAGGAGCUCGUCGACCACUUGGAGAACGUCCUGGCAAACGAGCCGGUUGCUGUCAAGACUGGUCAGCACAUAGUCGAGGUGAAGCCACAGGGAGUGAGCAAGGGGAUCAUUGUCGAACGUAUCUUGCAAACGAUGGCGAGCCAGGGAACGCCCCCGGAUUUUAUUUUGUGUGUCGGAGACGACAGGUCUGACGAGGACAUGUUCGAGAGCAUCGCUUUACAGCACUCGGCGGAGCUGUUUGCUUGCACAGUCGGGCAAAAACCCAGCAAGGCCAAGUAUUUUGUUGACGACACGCCGGAAGUUAUCAGGAUGCUGCAAGGACUGGCCAAAGUGUCCGGCUCCGGCAUCAAUUCCAUAGCUGGACUCGCGACCUCAUUCUCUCAAGUCGCUCUUUCCAGUUCGAUAUGAGCAGCAGCAAGCGCCAAGUCGUCGUGCUGGCCCCGUCUCUCCAUGGACGCUUACGUGCGAGCUACCGGAAUGAAAAUGGUCUAAAAGUCACAGCAAAGAAAAAAGGUUCGUGUCAAUCCUUAGCAGCGAAUUGAUGAGCUCCUGCCGCUCGACUUACCACCAACUGGAUUGUUUCUAGAUUGAGACCGCCCAGGAAGAGAGAGAGUUAGAACGACGGCGAGAGAAAAUGGAAAGAAAUGAAUAAACGUGGCUCUCUCGGAGGAGACCACCACGCCACCAUGCCUCGAUCGAUGAUUACUUGACAAGCACAGGAAAAUCGCCAGCGGCAAGCCAACAAACCAAGACGAUCAUCGCGAAAACUAUGUGAAUAUAUUUAAAUGCUUUAUAGAUGCUCUAAACGAUGCCGAGGAUAUUCGACGCAUUA